GGGAGUGGGCCGGCCUCACCUGGAGCAGCAGGCGCCGGGGGCGGGCUGUGGCUGCCGCGAUGCUGCCGGAGCGGACCCUGCGGCUGCAGUACGGGAGCCGCAUCGAGGCCGUGUGCGUCCUGGGCACGCGGCUGUGCAUCGAUGUCUUCAGUGCGGCUCCGGCUGAGGCCCGGACCUUUGGCCUGAAGUACACAGCCGGGGUGCGGGUGGACGUGGUGAAAGAUGGGCAGGUGGAAGAGACAACUAGAAAUGGCAAACAGCGCUGGGCCAUCUCCUCCGACACCACCCUGAGCCUCAGCAUGAACCAAGCCAGCGCCGAGGCCAGGGACCACAAGGUUACUGUCAGCUACUUCAGGGAGGAAGGGGGCAUACCAAUCGACCAGGCCGGGGUCUUCCUCACCGCCAUCGAGAUCUCUCUGGACGUGGAUGCGGACCGUGAUGGCGUGGUGGAGAAGAACAACCCCAGGAAGGGUUCUUGGACCUGGGGCCCUGAUGGACAGGGGGCCAUCCUGCUGGUGAACUGUGACCGGGAGACCCCAUGGCUGCCAACGGGGGACAGCGCUGACCAGAAGAUCUACAGCAAGGAAGAUCUGAACGACAUGUCCCGGAUGAUACUAAGGACACGUGGUCCUGAUCGGCUCCCGUUUGGCUACGAAAUGGUCCUCUACAUCUCCAUGUCAGACUCCGACAAAGUAGGCGUGUUCUACGUGGACAACCCAUUCUUCGGCCAGCGAUACAUCCACAUCCUGGGCCGCCGAAAGCUCUAUCACGUGGUGAAAUACACCGGUGGCUCCGCUGAGAUGGAGUUCUUCGUGGAGGGCCUGCGUUUCCCGGAUGAAAGCUUCUCUGGCCUGGUCUCCAUCCACAUCAGCCUCCUGGAGCGCCUGAUUGAGGGUGUUCCUCAGACACCCAUCUUCACGGACACUGUGACCUUCCGAGUGGCUCCGUGGAUCAUGACCCCCAACACCCUGCCCCCCGUGGAUGUGUUUGUCUGCAGCGUGAAGGAUAACUACCUGUUCCUGAAGGAGCUGAAGAGUCUGGUGGAGAAAGCUUGCUGCGACAUAAAGGUCUGCUUCCGGUACAUGAACCGCGGGGACCGCUGGAUGCAGGAUGAGAUUGAGUUUGGCUACAUCCAUGCUCCUCACAAAAUCUUCCCCGUGGUGCUGGAUUCCCCCAGAGAUGGAGACUUGAAAGACUUUCCGGUGAAAGAGCUGUUGGGCCCAGACUUCGGCUACGUGACCCGAGAGCCCCUUUUUGAGAAAGUCACCAGCCUGGACUCCUUUGGGAACCUGGAAGUCAGCCCUCCGGUGACGGUGAACGGGAAGGAGUACCCCCUCGGCAGGAUCCUCAUCGGCAGCAGCUUCCCCAUGGCUGCUGGAAGGAGGAUGACCAAGGUGGUGAGAGACUUCCUGUACGCUCAGCAAGUUCAGGCCCCCAUUGAGCUGUACUCAGACUGGCUGGUCGUCGGCCACGUGGAUGAGUUCAUGACCUUCGUCCCCAUCCCACGCAAGAAGGAAUUCCGGAUGGUCAUGGCCAGCACUACGGCCUGCUACAAGCUCUUCCGGGAGAAGCAGAAGGAGGGUCACGGGGAAGCGGUCAUGUUCAAAGGCUUCAGUGGUGUGAACACCAAGAGGAUCACCAUCAACAAGGUCCUGUCCAACGAGAGCUUGACACAGCAGAACCUGUACGUCCAGCGCUGCCUGGACUGGAACCGGGACAUCCUGAAGAAGGAGCUGGGACUGACAGAGCGUGACAUCAUCGAUCUUCCGGCUCUGUUCGUAGUGAACGAGCAGGGCCAGGCCCUGGCUUACUUCCCCAACAUGGUGAACAUGAUCGUGCUGCAGAAGAACCUGGGUGUCCCCAAGCCCUUCGGGCCCAUGAUCGAGGAGCAGUGCUGCCUGGAGGCACACGCCCGGGCCCUCCUGGAGCCGCUGGGCCUCUUCUGCACCUUUAUCGACGACAUCUCCGCCUACCACAAGUACAUGGGUGAGGUCCACUGCGGCACCAAUGUGCGUCGGCAGCCCUUCGCCUUCAAGUGGUGGCACAUGGAGCUGUGACCCCUCCCCCGGUGGGCUGGAGCUGCCCCUCCUCACCUCCCACCCCUGGAGCAAACCCCUGGGGGGAGGCCACUUUUCCCUGUUGGCAUCUACGGGGGGUGGGACCCGAGGACCUGCGAUAGAUGUUCCCCAAAGACCAGGAGGGUCCCAGAGAAAUCCAGCCUCAAAGGGGCCCGUGCCCAACCAUCGGUCUCCCCCAACCACCCAGGUCACCUCCCGCUCCGAACAGAUCUCCAAGUUCCUGAGCAAUAAUUCCCAACCGGACUACCUGUUAGUGGGAGCCCUUGUCCUCACCCCAACUUCUGACCCUCCAUCUCUGCCACCCGCGUUCGCUCCCUAUUGUGGUGGCCUCCCCAUCGUGGCCCAGCUGGGUCCACGUUCCUGAACGAGCAGAGUUGGCACGUUCCUCUGGCCACUCCAUCCAGCAGCAGGGAUCUGCCUACUGUGGCAUCCCAGCAGCCAGGAUGCUUUGCUGGCCCCAGGACCGCUGGGCGCUGGGCAUUAAGCAUCCUCCGCUGAGGUGUCCUGGCUCAGGAAUCAGCCUAUCUCACAAGGCUGAAUGCUUCUGGCCUCCUGAGGAUCCUCAUCUGGGAUUAUUCCAGGCCACUAGAGCCACAGGAUCCUAAAGCUGGAAGGGAACCUGGUUGGGAGGGUGGGGGGGAUCAUGCAGUCCAACCGCCUGCCUCCAAGCUAUUGAAUGGUCAUCGCAUUCAGGAAAAAUGGUUCCUUUUAAAAUAAUAGUAAUAAUUAGAGACGAAGACCCAAGAACCUCUCUUGGCACCCUGUUAAUCCUAAUAUCCUAAUCCUAAUCCUUUCAGAUAGGAAGCUUCUCCUUAUUGAGCCAGGCCCUGGGAGAGUCUGGUGCUUAGAAUAGUGCUCGGCACAUAGUGAGCGCUUAACAAAUACCAACAUUAUUAUUAUUAUUCCAGGAUCAACUAGGAUUCAGAAAGUUUCUGCCUAAGGAUCGCAGAGCAGAGGAGAGGGCAGAAUGGUUAUUAAUAAGGGCCCCUAUUUAUUCAUUCAUUCAUUCAAUCGUAUUUAUC